AUAAUUCCGAUUAUUUAUAUAAUUUUAUAUAUAUUGUACUUGCUUACAAGUCACCACCACCACCACCUAUGAUAAUUGCUUUCCAUUAGUAAACAGAAAUCCCUCUUUCUUUCUUUCUUUCAAGAUUUUCAACUUAAAAAGAUACCAAUCAUCAAUAAAGAUUCCAUCUUUUUUAGCGUUGUUAGCAACAAUGACAAUUGAAGAAAUGAAGAAAGAAGAAGAAGAAGAGGGCCCUCCUUCUCAAGUUGAAUCUGAGAUUAGCAGUAAGCCCAGGCGCAUCGCUCUCUUUGUUGAGCCUUCUCCCUUUGCAUACGUGUCUGGAUACAAGAAUCGGUUCCAGAACUUCAUUAAAUAUCUGCGUGAGAUGGGGGAUGAGGUGAUGGUUGUAACGACUCAUGAGGGGGUGCCUGAAGAAUUUCAUGGAGCUAAGUUGGUUGGCUCACGAAGCUUUCCUUUCCCAUGGUAUCAGCAGGUGCCACUUUCCCUUGCCCUGAGCCCUAGAAUCAUCAAUGAGGUUAAACAGUUCAAGCCAGACAUCAUCCAUGCGUCCUCUCCUGGUAUAAUGGUUUUUGGAGCGCUGGCAAUUGCAAAAAUGUUGUCUGUCCCCAUAGUGAUGUCCUAUCAUACACAUGUCCCCGUAUACAUACCAAGAUACACAUAUAGCUGGCUUGUUCAACCAAUGUGGUUAGUCAUAAAGUUUCUUCACCGAGCUGCUGAUCUUACAUUGGUUCCAUCUGCUGCUAUUGCAAAGGAUCUUCAAGAAUACAAAGUAGCAGCAGCUAACACAAUUCGUCUAUGGAAUAAGGGCGUGGAUUCAGAUGGUUUCCAUCCAAAAUUUCAAUCUCAUGAUAUGCGAGUUAGACUAACCAAUGGUGAACCUGAUCGACUAUUGAUCGUACAUGUUGGCCGUAUUGGAGUUGAGAAAAAUUUAGAUUUCCUUAAAAGUGUCAUGGAAAAGAUACCACAGGCACGGAUAGCUUUUGUUGGAGAUGGCCCAUAUAGAGAGGAUCUUGAAAAACUAUUUGAAGGCAUGCCAGCAGUAUUCACAGGGAUGUUAAAUGGUGAAGAAUUAUCACAAGCAUAUGCCAGUGGAGAUGUAUUCUUAAUGCCUUCAGAAUCCGAAACUCUUGGGCAAGUAGUCCUAGAAGCCAUGUCAUCAGGACUCCCUGUUGUGGCUGCCCGUGCUGGUGGUGUACCUGAUAUGAUCCCUUUUGAUCAGGAGGGCAAAACGGGGUACCUCUUCUCUCCAGGAGAUCUUGAUGACUGCUUAAGUAAACUAGUUCCAUUAUUAAACGACUCAGAGUUACGUAAAAAAAUCGGGCAGGCUGCUCGAUUGGAGACGGAGAAAUAUGAUUGGAGGGCAGCCACACGAGUGAUUAGAAACCAGCAGUAUAAUGCUGCGAUAUGGUUCUGGGAAAAGAAACGAGCAGAACUAAUGAAACCAUUGUAUUGGCUUGCAAAAUGUUUUCUUCCGACAGACACGCCCCGAAAGAUAACACCAACAGCUAUUCCAUAGCUACGAACCCAACCCAAGAUCUAUAAUUUGUAAAAUAUGGGCUGUACCGAUGUUCAUGCUUGUUUUUUUUUCUUCUUAUUAUAGUAGUGUAUAAGUGCAAUUGUGUUAUAUAUAUCUUUAUUUGGUUGUAGGAAGGGGGUGAUAGAAUGGUAAAUAUUAUUUCAUUAUUUGUAGUAUGUAUUAUAAAACACUA